AUGAAGUUGAUUACGGCUCAAUCAGGCACACGCAUGGCCGACAACCUUUGGUACGCAGCUGCUCAAACUUUUGCGCUUAUUGUUACUGCCGCUGACUGGAACGUCAGAGGCUAUCUGAGUAAUGUUACAUUGUGGCCUGUGAGAAGGCUGCUUUGGAAGAUCAUGUGGCUACUCUGGAAGACCAAGCAUAGUGACUUGAAAAUCAAGAUCCAAGGCUUACAGAAGGCGUGCAAGGCCCUUGGACUAGAAAAAGGGAAACAGUUGGCCCAUCGUCCGACAACCUCUAGUGAAUCUAACGCCCCAGACCUUGACCGUAUCUCGGAAAAGGCCGAAGAGGUGGAUGUUACCCUUUCAUCCCUCACUGAGACAGAUUUUGCAGGCCAUUUUCGUCCGGUGGAGCUGGACUAUGACAGCUUCCGCCGAUUCUAUCGUAGACUGGGCUCGGACCUGCUCUUCACGCUAGCACUUGGAGUAUGGUUAUCUUAUGCAGAGUUUGACCAUACUCCCUUUUAUCAGCCUUUGUUUUAUUUUCGUUCGGGCGCUCUGAUGUGGAUGCCUCGUCAUAGCAGUGUACCCUUUUCUCAUUUCCUCCAAGUGUUUCUUGCUAACUUGGGGUUUCUUUCUGUUUCCACUACCGGGUGGUGUGAAUUUUGCCCAUCACCGCCUGUCAAACUAUAUAGGGCGUCUUGGGUGCAACCUUUCCUGUUGAAUGUUGUGUUUUUGAAAUUGGUGUGA